AGCGAGUAACCGGAAGUGAAGUUGUUUGAUAUAAGAAAUUUCAGAAUUUUAAAUUUUGCCGAAUUUCUUUUACUAUAUCCCACCAAAUUGGGACUAAUAAGAUUAUUUCACUAUUCAAGGUAAUAUUUAAAAAUGAAUACAGACAAGGCAUCAAACUUCAUCAAUUCAUUAGUGCGUAACUUACAAGUUUUAUGUCACAGUAAUGUAGACUUCAGUGAUAAUGUGGAGGUUAUUGGACAUAUUUAUCUCAGUGUGGAUAAAAGUAAAAAAUUUAACUAUAUCGUUAAUGAAAAAGUGUGUAAAAAUGACGAUUCUUCAACAGUAUUUGUGAGCAAUAGUUUUCAUGCAGAAGAUCAAAAGAAAAAAGAAGAGAAGAAAUCUGCUUGUUCAGAGCAAAAACCAAGACCUACACCAGAGCAGUCAAGACAUCAUCCACAUAAUCAAAAUCAAUUUCAUACUAGCACAAAACGAAAUAGCAAUCAGUCAGAUAAUCAUAAUUUUAGUCCUACCAUUCAAAGACAAAAGCGACCAUCUCAUUUGGAAUCUCCGCAUAGUUCUCAUGGUGGUGAUAAUAAGAAACCAAGAAACGCCCCCUCAGAUCAUCCUUCCCAUGAUUCCCCUAAUAAACAAAUCAAGCAUGAGCCUAUGUCUAUAGAUUUGACUAAUGUGAAAGAAGAACCAAGUGAAAAUAAUGAAAUAUCAAAUUUAUCAUUUGCUGAUAUCAGUGACACGUCUUGGUCUCAUUCUAAACAUCAACAAAUAUCUGAACAGCAUUUACAAGGCAAUGAUGAUAGUUUACCAGUGAGUUUUGGAGGUGAUAGUGACAAUUAUGGUAUUUAUCCUGUAGCAAUGUAUGACAAUAAUUUAGGUUCAUUAACAUCACAGCCUACCUCUUCUCAAGAUGCAAUAGAUCAACAGUUUCAAGGUAUAUUACCAGUGACAACUCUGGCAAUGAGAAUGCAAAUGGAAGAACUAAUGGCUCCCAGAAAGGAAAUUACUUUAGAAAAUAAGAUAAAAAUAAUCCAGGCAUCAGCGACUAAACAUGGCGUGAAACAACCUCAACAUGCUCUAGCAAUGCAGUUUGAUCAAAAUUUUGAUUUGCGAAGACUGUUUUCCAAUGUUCAGCGUAUCACUGCUCAACAGAAAGAAGAAAUAUUAGCAGCCUUGCAAUCAGAUGAGAAACCAACACAAGCUGCUUUAGCAGUGAAAUAUGUUCCUUCAAGGCAUACUGCACCGAAACUGAGUACUGAGCAGAGAGAGGAGAUUAUUCGUGCUCUACAAUCAGAAUUCAAACCAUCACAAGCUGCUCUAGCAGUUAAAUACGGAGUGUCCAGACAAGCUGUUAAUAGUCUUAAAAGGAGAUACAUUGAUAAUAUUGAAUACCAAUGA